UAUAUGAACAGCCUGAAGUUAACUUUUAUGGACUUUCCCUUCUCUGUUUGAAACUGAUCAUUUUAAGUUCUUUCCUUGAGUCACUAGAGAGAGAGAAAAAGAGAGACAUAAUCUUAAAUUUUCUGACAUUAAUUUAGGAAGAUGAAGAUAUGGGGUCUUUUUUUCCUGUUCCUCUACUUGUUUUUACAUGUUAGAGCAGCUAUGGUAAGGGAUGGAUUUAUAACAACAAAAGAUGUGCAUUUCAUGUUAAAUGAGAGUCCAUUUUAUGCAAAUGGAUUCAAUGCUUAUUGGCUUAUGUAUAUUGCCUCUGAUUCAUCCCAAAGAGAUAAAGUUUCUUCUGCUCUUCAAGAAGCUGCAAACCAUGGCCUUACUGUUGGAAGAACUUGGGCUUUUAGUGAUGGUGGAUAUUCACCUCUUCAAUACUAUCCUGGAUCCUACAAUGAAAAAAUGUUUCAGGGUUUGGAUUUUGCCAUAUCUGAAGCUGGGAAAAAUGGGAUUAAGCUAAUCUUGAGCUUGGUUAACAACUAUAAGGAUUUUGGAGGAAGGAAACAAUAUGUGGAAUGGGCAAAAAGUCAGGGUGAAUCCUUACAAUCAGAGGAUGAUUUCUUUUCAAACAAUGUUGUUAAGGGCUACUUCAAAAACCACAUUAAGGCAGUUUUAACAAGAAGAAACAGCAUAACUGGAGUUGCAUACAAAGAUGAUCCCACAAUAAUGGCUUGGGAGCUUAUGAAUGAGCCCAGAUGUCCUUCAGAUCCAUCAGGAAUUACUAUCCAGACUUGGAUUACAGAAAUGGCUUCAUACAUUAAAUCCAUCGACAAUAAUCACCUAGUAGAAGCUGGACUGGAAGGAUUUUAUGGACAUUCAGAUGCUCAGAAGCAGCAAUAUAAUCCAAACUUUCUUGUUGGAACAGAUUUCAUUGCAAAUAAUCAAAUUCCAGAAAUUGAUUUUGUCACUGUUCACUCAUACCCUGAUCAAUGGUUGACUGGGCAAGAUGAUGAAGCCCAACUUAAUUUCCUAAACGAUUGGCUCAAAGUGCAUAUUCAAGAUGCUCAAUCAAUUCUCAAGAAACCUCUAAUAUUUGCUGAGUUUGGUAAAACAUACAAAGGUGUUGGUUUUACACCUGAACAAAGAGACAUAGUCUUCAACACUGUUUAUUCCAGUAUAUAUUGGUCAGCUAAAGGUGGUGGCGCGGCGGCCGGCGGCUUAUUCUGGCAACUAUUAUCUGAAGGAAUGGAUUCAUAUAGAGAUGGAUAUGAGAUUAUUUUGAGUGAAAGUCCUUCUGUUUCUGAAAUAAUACUGCAGCAGUCCCAAAGGCUUAACAAGAUUAGAAAAAUGUAUGCAAGGCUAGUGAAUGUAGAGAAGUGGAGGAGAGCAAGGGACAAGAUUAAUCAUGGAAAUUGAAGAGAGUAGAAUCAAUAAUGUCAAAAUGCUAACACCUGAGAAAGAUUGGAGUGAAGUAGAUUUUAGCCUUUAUUUAGUUAUACGUGGAAAAAAAGUUACAUCAUGUUUUUUAGGAACUUGCUUAACAUGUUAUUUAUCAGAGACAGUAUUCUAGUGCUUUGUUAUGGAUUAAAAUAUAUUGAUAA